AUGAGAAUUCGCGUAAGUGCGAACAGCCAUAAAAAUCUCUUUUACUUGUGUCAGGGCUAAUACAAGCAACAGAACUGUCAAAACUGUAUAAACAAAAUUUAUUCACGUUGUUUGCUGUGCAAAGGCAAACCGGAAUAACACGCGUAAGUCCAAUUUUACGUUUCAAGUUUCUACUGUUCAGUUCAGUAACAUAAGAAUCGGAUGCAGCAAAAUUUCACCUUUCAAUAUUGCGUACAUGAGAGCUUAGCUUUGAAAUGGGUAUCGGGGAAAAACACUGGGACACCGACAGCAAAAACUACAAGAAGGUGCAAAAAGCGUUAGAGGACAAAUGGAAACUGGUACCGGCUUUCCUCCAGGUGAAAGGUCUCGUCAAGCAACAUAUUGAUUCGUUCAAUUAUUUCAUCAAUGUGGAUAUAAAAAACAUCGUCCGUGCGAACGACGAAGUCAAGAGCGAUGCUGACCCUUGCUUUUACCUCAAAUAUCUCAAUGUCAGCAUUGGCAUGCCAGAUGUUGAAGAAGGGUUCAAUAAUACUAAGUCGACCACUCCACAUGAAUGUCGACUGCGGGACAUGACUUAUGCGGCACCGAUUACGGUGGAUAUCGAGUACACUAGAGGUACGCAGCGCGUUGUACGGAACAAUCUCCUUAUCGGACGAAUGCCAAUUAUGUUACGUUCAUCAAACUGCGUUCUUACUGGCAAAUCGGAGUUCGAGCUAUCCAAAGUCAACGAAUGUCCAAUGGACCCGGGAGGAUACUUCGUAAUUCGGGGAACGGAAAAGGUCAUUCUCAUUCAGGAACAGAUUUCGUGGAAUAAAAUGAUCACCGAAGAUUACAACAAUGUCAUACAGUGUCAGGUUACUAGUUCUACACAUGAGAAAAAGUCUCGAACCAUUCUCUUAUCGAAGCAUGGCAAAUAUUACUUGAAGCACAACUCAAUGACAGAGGAGAUUCCAGUUGCUGUUAUUUUCAAAGCAAUGGGUAUAGCAUCUGAUCAGGAAAUUAUGCAAUUGGUUGGAAUAGAUACGGAAACUCAGAAACGAUUUGCUCCUUCGCUACUUGAAGCCGCUAACCAUAAGGUGUAUACUCAACAACGCGCUCUUGAAUACAUGGGCUCGAAGCUUAUUGCGAAACGUUUCACGACAGCGGCUACCAAGUAUAAAACUACAGCUGAUGAAGCGAGAGAUUUACUUGCUACCACUAUCUUGGCACACGUUCCUGUGCCAAAUUUCAAUUUUCAGGUGAAAGCAAUUUACGUUGCUUUAAUGAUACGUCGCGUGAUGGCUGCGGAGUUGGACAAAUCUGCCGUUGACGAUCGGGACUACUACGGCAACAAACGAUUAGAAUUAGCCGGGUCGUUACUUUCACUUAUGUUUGAAGAUUUAUUUAAGCGUUUCAAUUGGGAGCUGAAAAUGAUUGCCGAUAAAAAUAUCCCGAAAAUCAAAGCUGCCCAGUUCGAUAUCGUGAAGCACAUGCGAGCCGCAUUGAUAUCAACAGGUUUGGAAACGGCGAUUUCAACUGGAAACUGGACAAUUAAGCGUUUCAAAAUGGAACGGGCUGGAGUGACGCAAGUGCUUUCGCGUUUGAGUUAUAUUUCAGCACUCGGAAUGAUGACGAGAGUUAACUCUCAGUUCGAGAAAACCAGGAAAGUCUCUGGUCCUCGUUCACUGCAGCCAAGUCAAUGGGGUAUGCUCUGUCCAUCGGACACACCCGAAGGAGAGGCUUGUGGGUUGGUUAAGAAUUUGGCCCUAAUGACACACAUCACGACAGAAGUGGAUGAGGAACCCGUCAUUCGAUUAGCGUAUAACUCCGGUGUGGAAGACAUCCGUUUACUGGGUGGUGAAACCAUAAACAACCCGAAGGUUUUCAUGGUGUUUAUUAACGGUAACAUUCUGGGAGUUACUAUUGGAUACAAAAGGUUGGUAGAAGUGUUUCGUAUGAUGCGGCGAAAGGGUUUAAUCGGCUCGUUCGUAUCAAUUCAUACAUCAUUCACCCAGCGCUGCGUUUAUAUACACACGGACGGUGGUCGACUGUGCAGGCCCUACAUCAUAGUUCAAAGCGGUCGCCCUUUGGUACAACAAGAACACAUCGAGCAACUUAAGGUUGGACUCAGGAAGUUUGAUGAUUUUCUACACGACGGUUUAAUAGAAUAUUUGGACGUGAACGAAGAGAACGAUUCAUUUAUCGCCUACCAGGAAAUUGAUAUUGAUCCGGAAAAAACAACUCACCUAGAAAUUGAGCCGUUCACUUUGCUGGGCGUUUGUGCUGGUCUAGUCCCAUACCCUCACCAUAACCAGAGUCCUCGUAACACAUAUCAAUGUGCUAUGGGCAAGCAGGCGAUGGGAAUUAUUGGGUACAAUCAGAAAAAUCGAAUUGACACACUCAUGUACAAUAUUGUAUAUCCGCAAACACCAAUGGUGCGUUCGCGAACUAUCGAGUUAACUAACUUUGAUAAGUUACCUGCUGGUCAGAAUGCUACCGUGGCCGUUAUGAGCUAUUCCGGGUAUGAUAUAGAGGAUGCAUUGAUCCUUAACAAAGCUUCAAUAGAUCGAGGCUACGGUCGUUGCUUGGUGUACAAAAAUAGUAAAUGUACUAUUAAAAGAUACAGCAAUCAAACAUUCGACCGCAUCAUGGGCCCGAUGAAAGACUCUCUCACCAACAAGAUUAUUUUCAAACACGAGUGUCUCGAUACGGAUGGAAUAAUUUCUCCUGGAGAAAAAGUACUUUCAAAACAAACGAUGGUUAACAAGGAAAUGCCUGCUGUCAAAUCCACCAACCCAAUAGAGCAGAAAGAAGCGGGUCAGCAACCGAUUGCCUAUAGCGCAGUUCCCAUCACCUACAAAGGCACUGAACCAAGUCAUAUCGAAAAGGUUAUGGUUUCGACCAACAACGACGAAGAGUUUUUAGUAAAGAUUCUGCUUCGCCAAACUCGUCGCCCCGAAAUAGGUGACAAGUUUAGUUCACGGCAUGGACAAAAAGGUGUCACAGGGUUAAUUGUCGAUCAGGAAGAUCUCCCGUUCAAUGAUUACGGAAUGUCUCCGGACAUGGUAAUGAACCCCCAUGGUUUCCCUUCACGUAUGACGGUUGGUAAAACACUUGAACUAUUGGGCAGCAAAGCAGGUGUUCUGGAGGGCAAAUUCCACUACGGUACUGCUUUCGGUGGAUCAAAAUGUAACGACUUACAGGAUGAGCUGUUUAAGAAUGGUUUUAAUUAUUUGGGCAAAGAUGUGUUUUAUUCUGGAAUCACAGGCGAACCGCUUGAAAUGUAUAUAUAUUCCGGUCCUGUCUACUAUCAAAAACUCAAGCACAUGGUGCAGGAUAAGAUGCAUGCUAGAGCCCGAGGUCCCCGAGCAGUACUUACUCGACAACCGACACAGGGACGUAGCCGUGAAGGAGGUCUUCGUCUGGGAGAAAUGGAGCGGGAUUGUUUGAUAUCUUACGGCGCAUCGAUGCUAAUCAUGGAACGGUUGAUGAUUUCGUCCGAUGCAUUUGACGUGGAUGUUUGCAAUGUUUGUGGCAGACUAGCUUAUUCUUCCUGGUGCCACAAUUGUCGAUCAUCUGCCAGUGUUUCUAAAAUAUCUAUGCCGUACGCUUGUAAGCUGUUGUUCCAAGAACUAACCAGCAUGAAUAUUGUACCCAAAUUAAAGUUGCACAACUAUUAGUUAUUGAUUGAAGACUGCUAUCAAUUAAAUGCUGUUUGUUGCUAAAUAAAAUACAAAAAACGUUUAUUUAAACU